CGGCAGGGCCCGCGCAGGCGGAGGCGCGGAGCCGCGCGGGGGUAUCGGGCCCACUCGGCUCGGCUCGGCCCGGCCCGGCCCGGCGAGGAUGCGGGAGGGGCGGCCUGUGGCCCCCCGCUGCCCGCCCGCCUGAGGGGCGCCCGCGCCGCCGCCGCCACCAUGAAGAAGCAAUUCAACCGCAUGCGCCAGCUCGCCAACCAGACCGUGGGCAGGGCUGAGAAGACAGAGGUUUUGAGCGAAGAUCUCCUGCAGGUAGAGAAGCGCCUGGAGCUGGUGAAGCAGGUCUCCCACAGCACCCACAAAAAGCUGACAGCAUGUCUGCAGGGCCAGCAAGGCCUGGACGCCGACAAGCGCUCGAAGAAGCUGCCGCUGACGACACUGGCGCAGUGCUUGAUGGAGGGGUCAGCUGUGCUGGGCGACGACUCCCUGCUAGGGAAGAUGCUGCGGCUGUGCGGGGAGGCCGAGGACAAGCUGGCUCAGGAGCUCAUCCACUUCGAGCUGCAGGUGGAGAGGGACGUCAUCGAGCCCCUCUUUGUGCUGGCUGAGGUGGAAAUCCCGAAUAUCCAAAAGCAGAGGAAGCACUUGGCAAAGCUCGUGCUGGAUAUGGACUCCUCCAGGACAAGGUGGCAGCAGUCCGCCAAGUCCUCAGGUUUGGCCAGCAACCUGCAGCCCUCGGGUGCCAAAGCUGAUGCUCUCAGGGAGGAGAUGGAGGAGGCGGCCAACAGAGUGGAGAUCUGCAGGGACCAGCUCUCAGCUGACAUGUACAAUUUUGUGGCCAAAGAAGUAGACUAUGCAAACUAUUUCCAAACGCUGAUCGAGGUGCAGGCUGAGUACCACCGGAAAUCCCUAGCGCUUCUGCAGAGCGUCCUGCCUCAGAUUAAAGCCCAGCAGGAGACAUGGAUGGAAAAGCCCUCCUUCGGGAAGCCCUUGGAAGAGCACCUGGCCGUCAGCGGGCGGGAGAUCGCCUUCCCUGUGGAGGCAUGUGUGACGAUGCUCCUGGAGUGCGGCAUGCAGGAGGAGGGUCUUUUCCGAGUGGCUCCCUCGGCCUCCAAGCUGAAGAAGCUCAAAGCUGCCCUGGACUGCUGUGUGGUGGAUGUGCAGGAGUACUCAGCCGACCCACAUGCCAUUGCAGGAGCCCUGAAGUCCUACCUGCGAGAGCUGCCAGAGCCCCUCAUGACAUUUGAGCUGUACGAGGAGUGGAUCCAGGCCUCCAACAUCCCGGAGCAGGACAAGCGGCUGCAAGCUCUCUGGAACACCUGCGAGAAGCUGCCCAAAGCCAACUACAACAACAUCAGGUACGUGAUUAAAUUCCUGGCCAAGCUGACCGAGUACCAGGACAUGAAUAAAAUGACACCAAGCAACGUGGCCAUCGUGCUGGGGCCCAACCUCCUCUGGCCACAGGCGGACGGAAACAUGACAGAGAUGAUGACAACCGUCUCGCUGCAGAUUGUGGGCAUCAUCGAGCCGCUCAUCCAGCAUGCCGAUUGGUUCUUCCCUGGAGAUAUUGAGUUCAACGUGACGGGCAACUAUGGCAGUCCCAUGCACAUCAACCACAAUGCCAACUACAGCUCCAUGCCCUCCCCAGAUAUGGACCACACGGACCGCCGGCAGCACGACCAGGCGCGGCGGCCCCUCAGCGUGGCCACAGACAACAUGAUGCUGGAGUUUUACAAGAAGGAUGGCCUUAGGAAAAUCCAAAGCAUGGGCGUCAGGGUGAUGGACACCUCAUGGGUGGCUCGCCGAGGCACGUCUGUGGCACGCAAGGCAGCCUCCACCCCGCCGGCCGCGCAGCCGCCUGCGCCGCCCGCAGAGCUGCCCCCCGCGCCCCACUCGCCCAUUCCCGAGCAAGCGCCGGACACCUCCGCAAUCCCUUCCCCACCUCCCACCAGCUUCGGCUUUCCCCCGGGAGCCGAGCGGACAAGCACUCUCGGACCCCCGGAGCCUGCCCCCGUGGCCGGGCAGCUCCACGGCAGCCCCGGGCCGGUCCCGGCAGAGCAGAGCCCGCUCGCCCCGCGCAAAGUGGCCAAGAAGCUGGCGCCCAUCCCGCCGCGGGCGACCGCGGGGGAGCCGGGAGGGGGGCAGCCGUCCCCCGGCAGCCUCUCCCCCACCCCGCCCAGCACCCCCGCCGCGUUCGGCCCCGCCGCGCCCCCCGGGCCCUGCCCGCCGCCCGCCCCGCUCCUGCCCCCCCCCGCCGCCGCCGCCGCCGCCGCCGCCGCCGCCCGGUCCCGGCCCACCCCGAAGCCGCGGCCGCGGCCCGCCCUGCCCCCGCCGCCGCAGCCCCCCGCCGCCGCCCCCGGCCCCCCCCAGCCCCCGGAGCUGCCCCGCCGGGACGCCGCGGGCCCCGGGGACGGCGCCGUGACAGGUCUGCUCCGUUUUGAGGUCCCCUCCCUCCACGUCCCCCCAGAUGCCGCCCUGUGCCAGGACCCGCCGGAGGCACCGCAGAGACUCUCGGGGCCAGGCCCGGCCGCCCGGCCAGAGGAGGAGGAGGAGGAAUCGGAGAGCACAGCCCUAUGACAGUGUCCCUGUCCCCAGGCUCAUCCUUGCAUCACCCAGGGUCCAGCAUCGGCCACCGGCACCAAGGGCCACUGGCAUGCCAGUUUUGUGUGGCAAAGUGCCCGGUUUGGGGGCAGUCGCUGUUUUUGAGUUCAUUUUUUUUUCGCCUUAUCCAGACUUUGCCUUUCAACAGGGUGCCUGCGCCCCCCCUGCCCCGCAGCACCCAUGGUCCUGGGGUGAUGCCACCACCUCCUCCGUGCCCUGAUGGUGGGUGCCACUGGGUACCAGCCAGGUGACAACGAGCUCGAUGGCGCUUUGCAGUGGGAUUUCAUUUCUUCAGCUUCUGCCCCCUCCGCUUGUUUGCCGGAGCAGGACGGGACCUGAUCAGCAAUAACAGGAUGUGGCCCCUCCAGGCUUUUGGGGUGCCAGCAGGGAAGGGCAUGUGUCCAUUGGCACCCUCUGUCCCUGUGGGUUGGUGGCUUUGGUUGUGCAUGCAAAGACAAAUUAACCUUUUAUCCUUUCCAGAGAGAUAAGAGAUAUAUAUAUAUAUCGGCAGAGAUAUAUAUACUAUAUAUUUGUAUCUAUAGAGAGAAAAAAUAUAGAGAUUUGUUUUAUUUGGAGCCGUUCUCACCCACCCGGUGCCCAGCAGGAGGAUGGAAAUGGCCGCGCUUCGCCCCCCGCCCCGCUCGCACCAUGCCCCUUGCCCCAGGUGGGCCCCUGGGGGCACCAGCACCCCAAAAGUAAUCAAUAAAUCCAUGUGCCACUCGCUGGGAACUGC